CACGCACAGCAAUGAUGGCGGCCUUCAGUGUGGCUCGAAGCAGCUGCGGACUGAUAAAUGGGUUGAGGAUAUCUUUCAGGAGUUUGGCGCAGGUGAAACAUGGCGCAGUCGCUGCUUCAGUGCCGCAGACGAGCCUGCAACGGGACAGCCGCUGGUACUCGGUCGGCCACCUGUCCGUUAAGGAGAGGAUUGACAAGAAACGGAAGGCGGCGCUUGUCGGGGGAGGUCAGAAGAGAAUAGAUGCACAGCACAAAAGGGGUAAGCUGACAGCCAGGGAGCGAGUGGAGCUGCUGCUGGACCCCGAGUCCUUUGUGGAGACGGACAUGUUUGUGGAGCAUCGCUGCUCUGACUUCGGCAUGGAGCAGGACAGAAACAAGUUCCCGGGCGACAGUGUCGUGACAGGCCGCGGCAGGAUCAAUGGCCGACUGGUCUAUGUAUUCAGUCAGGACUUCACAGUGUUUGGUGGCAGUCUGUCUGGAGCUCAUGCACAGAAGAUCUGUAAGAUCAUGGACCAGGCCAUGACAGUUGGAGCUCCGGUCAUUGGGCUGAACGACUCUGGAGGAGCUCGGAUCCAGGAAGGAGUGGAGUCUCUGGCUGGAUACGCAGAUAUAUUCCUGAGGAAUGUGAUGGCUUCAGGAGUUGUCCCUCAGAUCUCCCUCAUCAUGGGUCCCUGUGCAGGAGGAGCUGUCUACUCCCCUGCACUGACAGAUUUCACCUUCAUGGUUAAGGACACAUCAUACCUGUUCAUCACAGGACCUGAUGUCGUGAAGUCUGUCACCAACGAAGACGUGACUCAAGAGGAGCUCGGUGGAGCCAAAACUCACACCACUGUGUCUGGUGUGGCUCACCAUGCAUUUGAGAAUGACGUUGAGGCCCUCCUCAACCUGCGAGAGUUCUUCAACUUCCUGCCGCUCAGCAAUCAGGAUCCCGCCCCCAUCAGGGACUGCCACGACCCCAGUGAUCGUCUGGUACCUUCGUUGGACACCAUUGUCCCAUUUGAGUCAACCAAAGCCUAUGACAUGUUGGACAUCAUUCAAGCAAUAGUGGAUGAGAGGGACUUCUUUGAGAUCAUGCCCAACUAUGCCAAGAACAUUGUGGUGGGAUUCGCCCGCAUGAAUGGACGCACCGUGGGCAUUGUGGGUAACCAGCCCAAAGUGGCUUCUGGUUGUUUGGACAUCAACUCCUCAGUGAAGGGAGCCCGCUUUGUACGCUUCUGUGAUGCUUUCAACAUUCCCAUCAUCACCUUUGUGGAUGUGCCAGGCUUCCUGCCAGGUACCGCUCAGGAGUAUGGAGGCAUCAUCAGGCACGGAGCCAAACUGCUGUUUGCUUUUGCUGAGGCCACUGUCCCAAAAAUAACCAUCAUUACCAGAAAGGCUUAUGGAGGAGCCUAUGAUGUGAUGAGCUCCAAACACCUGAGAGGAGAUGUGAACUACGCCUGGCCCACGGCUGAAGUUGCUGUCAUGGGUGCCAAGGGUGCUGUUCAGAUUAUCUUCAGAGGGAAGGAGAACCAGGCGGAGGCAGAGGCUGAAUACGUGGAAAAGUUUGCCAACCCCUUCCCAGCUGCUGUUAGAGGUUUUGUGGAUGACAUCAUCGAGCCGUCGACCACUCGCAAGAAGAUCUGCAGAGACCUGGAAGUGCUGGCCAGCAAGAAGCAAGUCAACCCCUGGAAGAAACAUGCCAACAUUCCCCUGUGAAACACACCCAGACAGUUUCCACGUUAACACUAUCUAAAGGCGCCCGCUGUGGGAUUUUCCUUGUAUCGAGUCUACAUUUAAACGAACUGCAGUGGUACCCCCCUCUCCCCGUGGUGAUGAUGACUUUGGUAGCCUGCCAAGCAGAUGUUAGUUGUCAUAUUUCACUGUUUCUCCUCAUUUACCACUCCAUUAAAAGCAACACAUGGAGAUACACUCCCUGAAGUUGUUCACGCUUAACAUUGGCUCCAGAUUUCCUCCCGGCUCACUGCUUAUUUUUUGAACUGUAAACCGUGUUAAAGCAUCAACCUCGAGCUGUGAGAGAUUUUUAGGAUUUGGGGGGGGGGGGGGGGGGUGAAUAUUGGUGCUCUGUAAACAAAAUCAGGAUGUGUAUAUGUACAUUUCCAUCCUCACCACUGAUGUGCAAGAUGUUAACAGGAAAAGCUUAACACAUUUCACACUAACUUAAUGGAGCAAUCACACACAUUUUACAUGAUUGUCAUAUCAGUCGUGGCCAUAUUGGUCACUGUUUUUGGUAUGACUUGAUAUUCUUAGAACAAGGCUGCAUCUGAAAGGGCAGAUUACAUAUUGCCACUAAGAUGCAUGUGAGACAACGCAGGCAACAAUCAUUUUAGCAGAAAAUGCAAACACACUGAAAUCUGCUGCCAUGGACAAAACCCUGCUGAUGUACUGUAUUAAGUUCUUCUUGGUUGUAGUUUGCGCUUUCAGAUGCACUCCCUGUGUUCGACAUCCUCCGUUUCAGUCAAGAAAAAGUCGUUCUCACAACCUGGAACUGUGCCUUUUCUCUCUGGCAGGCUCUGCUCUGCUAUCUGUAAAAUAAAUCAUGGACUCAGUACCAUGGCUGUUUUAAUUAAGCCUACCAGUGCAGGAGUAUAUGUAGUCCGUUCACUGUUUAAAAAAAAAAAUUGACAAAUAUAAAUGACAAAUGAUUUGAAGAAUAAAAUAAGAUAGU